GGAUCCACCAUUCCCAACUUUUGUUUGCAUUGCAAAAGUUGGGAAGGGUUGUUUGAAUCUUGUUUCUUUUUCCAUUGUUUUGUUAUAGCUUUCUCAUCCAAAUCAAAAACCAAGAUAAUCAUUUAUAUAGAUACAUACAUACGUAUACGUAGAUACAUUCAUAUUACAUACUUUGCACCUUGUGAAUGAUAAUGAAGAACAUGACAAAACGAUCCUUAACCACAGAGAUGGAACGCAACGUGAGGCAAAUGCAUAAGCUGAUUGAAGAUAACGGAGAUUCCUUUGCGGAAAAGGCUGAGAUGUAUUACAAGAAGAGGCCAGAGUUGAUCUCUCUUGUUGAGGAGUUCUACCGGGGCUACAAAUCUUUGGUUGAACGUUAUGAUCACAGUCCCACAUCGUGUGAUCUUCAAUCACAGGCUUCUUCUGGUGUUUCAGAUUGUGGUUCUGAGAUGGCUUCUCCCUCUCCGAGGAAGAUGGGGCGUCGCAUAUCCCCCAACCGUGCCCCGGGGUUCGAUGUGUUUCUGGGUUCUGGUGGGAACGGGAAUGGUUUUGAUGCAUGUCAAAAGGAUGGGGAUGGUUCUUCUACUUUGACAGAAUCUGAUGAGGAUUAUUAUGAUGAUAGUUCUUCAAUGAACAGCUUUUCAGGAUUCUUUGGGAAUGGAAACGAUCAGAAUGGUAUGAACAGAAGGGUGAUGGAAUUGGAGAUUGAGAUACCGUCUGAGGGGAAAGAGAAGGUGUUGAAUGAGGAGGAACGUGUGAAAAAUGGUGAGGAUUUUGGUGCAAGGAUCAGUGCGUAUGAAGAAGAACUAAGGAAUGUGAAUGAGAAGUUGAGGGUUUCUGAAGGGGAGAUUAGUAAGCUGAAGAAUGAGGUUGAAAUGUACAGAUCAAAGGAAUUAAGGAAUUUGAAGGGUGGCGUUGGAUUAUCUUCAAGUGUAGAAGGGGUGAGGAUGGGAGGGGAAUCCUUGGAGUUGAAGAAACUUGAGGAGGAGCUAAGGAUGAGCAAUGAAAAACUUGAGUCUGCGGAAAUGCAAGUUACUAAAACGUUUGAAACUAUUCAGCAAUUGCAGGAAGAGUUUGAGUUGGCUCAGAAGGACAUUGCUUCUUGGAAAAUAAAGUUCAACGCUCAGAAAAGAGAAAACUCAAGACUGGUAGAGAGGCAAGCAAAGAUGAGAACUAAUGUAGCAGAGAGGGAUCGUGAGGUGAGGGAUUUAAAAGCUCUUCUGUCUGAUGUACAACAGAAAGUGUUCUUUGAGAGAUCAAGUUUGAAGUCUGAAAUAACGAGGUUGUUGGGAGAAAAGAGUGUUUUAGAGCAGAAGAUGAAAGAAUGGGAAUGUCAAUGCCAAUGUUUAGAAGGAGAGAUAAAAAGAAUGGAGUCUGAAAAAACAGAGAGGGUGAAAGGAAAAAGUGAAAGUGGUGAGGGUUUGAAAAUAGAGAAAGAGAAGCUGAGUGCAGAAGUUGGUGCACUUAAGAAAGUGAUAGAAUCAAGAGAUAAUGAGAUUGAAGAGGGUCGUAAAGAAGUGGAAGAACUAAGAUCAAGAGGUAAGAUACUAGAGGAAGAGAUUGAGAGGCAAAGGGUUGAGAUAUUAGGAGGAGCUGAAGAGAAACGUGAGGCCAUAAGGCAGCUAUGCUUCUCACUUGAGCAUUACAGAAAUAGGUAUGAUAUGCUUCGCCAGGCUUUCGGAGGAAACAAGAGGCUUCCUGUUUCGACCACCUGAUAUGUCAAAAACAUGCAUGUCUACUUGUACAAUCUUCCUGCUGUGUAUUACAAUCUGUCUGUCAUGUCUUUCUUAUACUUUGUGGUGUGUGAUGUGUAUCACCCAAGUUUACGAGAAUUUAGAACUUAGAAGUCGUAGUCAUGUUUCAUGGUUUGUGAUAAUGUCGUUUCUUUGCAUAUAUUGGUUCAGUUAGGAAGCUCUGCAGGACCAUCUCUUCUUGAGGAGGAGGCCCGUUAGAAGAUUAAUGGAAAACUGGUUAGGUUUGUAUGCUCUCCAUCUUUCUGUUUAGUUGGAAGUUGGUUGUGCUGCAUAAGUAAGAAAUUAUGUCGUCGUUCAGUUCAGAACAAUAUGUGAUAAUAUCUCAUUAUCAUGAGUUGUAUUCUUAUAAUUUCGUGAUGUAUUUUACGAUUAUA